UCGCGUCCUUGUAAACGAAAGCGACAAAAACCAAAGUUUACCUUUAACCUCAAUUAAUCGCUGAGUAGCUAUGCGACUCGUCCCACAAUCGAGAAAUUAAUCAUUUAUUAAUACUCCUAGUUUAUUCCCCACAUAUCGGCGGGCAUUUUGCAAUCGCGCUAUGUUCAUUCAUUCUGUGAUACGCGCACAUUCGCCCUCCAGCGUAAACAAGGCGACGAGGUUCAAAUAAACACAACCAAACAGGUAGCAGUGGCGGACUUUUAGCAAUAUGUUUCUCUUCUAAACCCGAUCGCCUCCGACGAUUGCAGCAAUGGAACGCAAUAACAAACCCUUUAUUUGGAUUGUACUCGUUAUCGUAUUGUUCGCGACGACUUUCGGUUGCUUCUGGUGCAGCACACUUGCAAUCAGUUUUUCUACAUUCCUUGUUGGCUUACUUUCCUAUCUGUAUCUAAGCAAAGGCAGCAUUGACAGUUUCUAUAGAAGUUGUGGGUCAAAUCCUUUGGAGAAUAUUAUAUCAGAUGGAGGAUUACAACAGAUUCUUAAACAAACUCUAAGUCCCAAACGUACUCAAAAAAGUGAUAACAGAGUGACUGGCAGUGAAAUCAUUGACAGUUCACUACAUGAAAUACUCAACUAUAUUAUUAGAGAUUAUGUUCUGCCGUGGUACGCGCAUAUAUCAAACGAUGAUGAAUUCACGCAGAAAGCCAUACGCAAAACGGCGCAGCGAGUCGCCAUCAAUAUUUCCAAUCGUGCCAAAAACGUCGACUGGAUUCCCUACCUGACAACGCGCUUUGUCGACGACGCUGCCACGCAUUUGCGAUUGUUUAAGCAAGCGCGCGCGAAGGUAAAGCAGGAAAAGCCAAAGUCUCCGCGUGGUUCGCCACGCAGAGAUCUUCGCAACAGUCCGAAACGUUCGCACAAGCGACACAAGAGCGAAACUGAUGCUUUGCGUAAUCUAACAACGCGUGAUCGACGCGAUGUAGGUCAGUCACGUUUUUACAGUCCGGAUGUAAAACAAGCGACGCUCGAGGAUGUCUUCUUUGAGCUGGAGCUCAAAAUGGAGAAUAAUAAAAUUUGCAGGGAUCAGAUUUGUAUUAACGCGGAGGGGGAGCAAGCUUUCCUUUGCGAACUCGUCGAAUAUUUGUUGUAUUUUUUGCUGCCCGAUGAAGACUUUGAUUGCAAGGCUUUGCGCUUCUUUUUGAGAGAGAUUUUUGCUAAUUGUGUGAUAAUUCCGCUUAUUGCGAUGCUUUCGGAUCCGGAUUAUAUUAAUCAGGCUUUUAUAUGGCUGUGUGUAAGAGAUAUUCCAUCAAGCGAUAUUUUUUUAACAACGCUUCGAAUAACGGAUAAUUGUGAUGAACUAAAAUAUACCAAAGAACAGGUUUCAAAAGAGAUUCAACUGUUACGUUCAAGAGAUUCAGGCGGCGAGAGUGACUUAAAUAUUAAACAACAAUUAAGCAGUCUGUACUAUGUUGUGAAAUUAAUAGAUAGUCGACUUGCAAAAAUGGAUAAUUUCGAAGAUGCCAUUGAUUCCUAUUCAGAUUAUGAAAAAUAUAAAGACAUGAAAACAAUAGAAUUACCCCUAGAAGCAAUUUUAAAAAACAGCGUGGCGUUGUCUUAUUACAUCGACUAUGUUUCCACUAUUUCGAAACAACCCUACAUCUUCUUCUAUCUAAACAUUGAAGGCUGGAAAGUUUCGGUCGAGCAACAACUCUGUGACCUGCAGCUGAAUAAAAUGAAGGGCAUAAGCAACGAUAACGCAGCGAGUAUCUACGAAAACAUUCGCUCGACUGCAGCAAGCAUCUACGAUCAGUACAUUGGCGAUAAAAGUGAGUACAAAAUCGAUGUCAAUCAAGGCAUCGUGCACAAACUGUUUUUCCGCAUUCGUAACAUAAACGAGGAACCUUCCGAACUGUGGUUUGACGAUGUGCAGAAAGCGAUUUUCGAUAUCAUGCAGUCACACGAAGACUUUUUGCCCGGUUUCAAAAAGCACAAAUCAUAUUUUAAAAUGCUUGAAGAGUUGGAUUUGAUUCAACAGAACGUUGUUGAGGAAGAUGUACUCAGCCUAAACGCGUAUGACACUUUAGAUUUAGAAUACAGACACCAACAGGUACCUGAAAAUGGAAGCAGUAAUUCGCAUACGGGCAAUGGUUACACUGCAAGUCAAACAAACGAAUUAUUGUUAACACCAGAUGCAUUGGAACGUGUUUCGAAGCAUACGCGCUCGCUCAGUGAUGUACCUUAUUUAAAAGUCGAUCAGGAAUCAAUAGGCUCCUCGAACAGCGACCUAACGAAUGUGAAACCUGAAGAGGAGCAAGAAAAAGAUGAGAAUUUACGAGUGGGAAUGUUUACGUUAUGUGUUAAAAUCAUCGAAACCGGAAUUGUUUGUGAGAAGGGAAAAACUUUCGGUAUUUAUGCGACGCAAGUGCGUCGACAGUAUGAUGAAAGCGGAUUUCUGGAAGAAUGGCAUAUUUAUCGCCGGUACAGUGAUUUUCACGACCUGCAAUGUAAAAUUAAAGAGAAAUACUCGGAUCUAGCCAAGAUUACAUUCCCCGGUAAGAAAACAUUCCACAAUAUGGACCGCGCAGUAUUAGAACGACGCAUGAAGAUGCUGGGUAAUUAUAUGCAGGAGAUAACACAGGCGCAUAUUCUGCAUAGUCAUCCAGGACUAAAAGAACUGCUGAUGAUGUUCCUGGAGCAGGGUGAGUAUGAUAGGGUGACAUCUGGUGGGCCUAUCUCAAAUACAAUCGGUACGAUUGUGAAUCCGAUUAAAUCCGGCAUGAAAACGAUUAAAAAUAUGCCGGAGACUUUGAUGCAUACGGUGGAUGAGGUGGUGGAGAAGGUUUUUCAUCCGAAGACACCGGUGAAGGUGAUGCAACACGAAGGGUCGAAAGUUGGUGCCUAUUUGGAUAGUGAAAAUAACGAUAACAUUCCAUUACGUAUAAUGUUACUGCUGGUUGAUGAAGUAUUUGAUUUAAAGUCAAGGAAUCAAUGGUUAAGGAGGAACAUUGUUACGAUUUUGCGACAAAUCGUACGGACUAUGUUUGGCGAUAUUGUUAACAGACGUAUUCUUGAAUAUGUCGAGAUUAUGACUAGUCCUAAAAACGUCGCACACUAUUUACACAUUUUUAAACAAUCAUUUUGGCCGAACGGCGUAAAAGCUGAUAUCAAACAAGAUCGAGAUGAUGCUAUUAAAUAUCGAACGCGAGUUGCUGCCAAGGUGGCACUGUUGUCGUGUUUAACUGAUGAAUUAAAGCAUAUCAUCGGUUCAGACACGACACGCAAAGGUCUCUUGACAGUGUUUGAGCUGUUUCAGCGACCGGUACUCAAUCGCCGGCUGGUCUAUGUGCUGCUGGAGAGCAUACUUGGUAAGUUGUUUCCCGAUAAAGAUAAACCCAUCAGCGACGUCUUUGAAAAGCUUUACGCCAAGUCACGCGAGGCGGAACUACUUAAAACGAGCUGAGUCACUCGUUCUGAAUGUUUUUAAAAUUGAUAACAAAUUAUUUAUUACAAUAUUAUAUUUAAUCGUCGCAGUGUAAGUGCCAUUACAAACUUUCAAAUAAACUGAAUUUUAGCGUC